AUGAGCUACAUUGUCCGCUUCGUCGAAACUCCAGAGGACCUGGCCAAAUGCCACGAUGUCCGCCUCAAAGUCUUUUCGGAUGAACAAGGAUACGACAGAAACGAAGAGAUUGACAAGAUCGACUCGGAAUGCUUGCACUGGGUAGCGGUCGACGCCACAUCCAACGAAGGCGUCGGAACCGCCCGUCUUUACAAGUACUCCCCCAUCCUCGGCAAGGUCGGCCGUGUCGCCGUCCUCUCGAGCACCCGCGGGUCCGGACUCGGACGUUUGGUCAUGGAGGCCGUUGAGAAGUACGUUAUUGAACACACAGAGUUGGAGAAGUUGGGAUUGUCUAGUCAGGUGCCUAGGAAGGGGUUCUAUGAGAAGCUUGGGUAUGUUGCUUCUGGGGAUGAGUACCCAGAUGAGGGGCAGCCGCAUAUUUAUAUGGAGAAGACUUUGCCCGCCAAGAAGUGA